UAUCUUCCUCUCCGCCCGCAGGUUGAGGUUGGUGGGUUGAAGGCUGAGUUAAACACGCUGCUUCACGUGUCACUAUUUUGUACUGUAAUGCACUGAUUUAAAACAGUGUAAUAUGGGGAAGAAUAAGAAGAACAAAACGAACGAGUCGGGAAAACAAGCAGGCAAAGCCGGACAACAGCCAAGGAAGCUUAAAGGAGAUGGUAAACCAAAGAAAGCUAAAGAAGAGGACCACCUCGAACACAUCCCCUUCAGGCUCCGAGAGAUAAUGAAGAGCAAGGACAGAAUGAAAAAGGGAUCACUGAAGUCCAAGAAGCUAAAAGCAGCCAUUUCGCCGAACAGUAAAGCAGAGGAUUCCCAGGAUGGAGACAUCCCUGUCCCACAUUUCAAGAGAGGAAAGCAGGAAGGUGUGAAAGCAUACCUGAGGCGCAUGGACAAUGAGACAAAACACGUCCUCUUCCUCACCAAGAACCAAGUAGACAGAAAGCCUGAGCUGGAUGCAGACAAACAAGAGAAACCUGCCGGCAAGGGGAAGUCAGACAAAAAGAAGGAGCAUGAUAAAGUGAGAUUGCAGAAGCUUCAUCAGAAGAAGUUGGACAGACAAGAGACCAAAAUGGAGAAAGAGAUGUUUAUAGAUACCGUUGCCUUUGGUGAAGUUUCAAUGGCUCCACCAUCAUUGAGUGUCAAACCCAAGAAAGCUCAGGUCAAACCUCAGAAUGCAGCAAAAGAGCUGCUUCUCAACUCUCUCCUUGGCCACACUGCAGCCUCCACAGCCAAGCCCUCCAUGGCCAGACAAAGAAUCAUGGAGGAGGAGAGGGUGCGAGCAGUGGAGGCCUACCGUCUACUUAAGAAACAGAAACAGCAGCAGCAUGAGGCCAGGACUGCUAAUCUGAGAAAAACCAAGAACCUUCAGUGACAUUUACAGCCUCUAAACUGAAGGAAUUCUAAUUACCCAGCUGUAGUCAAUGUCAGUGACUACAAUAAGCGGUGACAUGCACAAACUGACAUGAUAACCAUUGGCAGUGUGUGUUAUGUAAUUUUGGAAGUGAUGUUUAGGUGGGGAGCUUCCACAAUUAUGCAAACAAUCAUGGAAAGACACAAACAUUUGUAUUGACAAAUCACCAAAAAGGUGGGUAGCAAACAUUCCCCUGCCACUUUCAUGUUCAUAAGACACAAGACAUUUUAAUGUUUGCGCUUAAAGUGCCUUCGGAAACAACAACCUGAUCACCCGUAACUACUGGAAAAUGCAUAUGGACUGGUAUCUUGAUGACUUCUCACCCUAUAACUGUGUUUGAUGUUCGGUGACAAGUGUUCAUUUGUAUUUACGCUGCUUUCAUAUUUAAAUUUUUAGGCAGCCACUCUGGCAUCAUCUGUGAUGUGAUAGGCAUUAACAUUAUUAAAGUUAUGUCAAGGAAAAGCAAAACUCAUCUGUGCUCCCACUAGAUGGCAGUCCUUCUGUAGAAAGUUGGUUUUUGUAAGUAGUGUGGAGCUGACAGAACAUACCCAGUAAAAUAUAUUAUUAGUGGCACAUUGUGCCAUAUUACACAUGAAACUAUUAGUGAUAUAUCUUGUUUGUUUUUUAGUUUAGUUUUUUUUUUUUUAACCAUAUGUCAGUCUCUAUUUAAUCAACCAAAAAGACAAUUCAAAGAAAUUAAGAAAAAAAAUAAUAACCAUAAAGGUUAUUUAUUAGACAUCAUUGAUUAUGUCACAUGGUCCUCAUCAGAGGACAGUUUUCCCAUUUUUUUCCAUUUUUUUUUUAAAUUAAUAUGGACUUCUUAUCCAUAUUACCUCAAAAGCUAACAUUGAAAGGUCAUUCUUGACUAGUGAAACAGCUGAUGAGAAAAACCAGGCAUGUUCAUCUUCUAACCAUGGUUUCCUGGCUGUUGUUUCCAUGGUCCCGAAUUCACUUUAACCCCAGCAAACAGAAUAAACAUCUGAUAUUUAGGCCAAAAAAAGAUCAGAUCUUAUUUCCUUUUGUACAUGUAGAGCCUCAGUCUUGGGAUAAAUAAAUCACAUUAGCCUUUUUAAAUGCGGAGCACUUAUUAGAGCCUGACACAGCUAUUUACUUUUGUAAUCCCUGAAAGGUUUACCCUCAUGAACAAGGCCUUUGUUAAAUAUUGGUCUCUGAGAUGAAUUGUAUAAAUUUAGACAUGCUAUUUGACAACUUAAUCAUUCAAAGAAGCCUGGAUCUGAAAACAAACAUUAUGUUGUUCAUGUUUCUGCAAUGGUGAUCAGCUGAACAAUAUCACCACAUGGUGUGACCUUGUAAUAAUUGUCUGGUCUGAGUUCAGUCAUUCUAUUUAAUCAGCUUGACUGGUAUAACCCUCAGUCGUUCUUUUUCCAUUUGUGUUUGGCCUCAGCGUUGUCACAGUGACAAGGAAAUGUAUUAAGGGGGAACAGCUGCUGAUGAUUGGGAGUGCUGACUCCCUUGAGCCGAGCACCUUCACCAUCGGUCAUGUAACCACCUGUUGGUAAGACUGCUAUUGAGAUUAUAGGGGGGAAUGCUGCGUUUGACUUUAGCUGACAUAAUAGACCAGGACUUUCUAUCUGUUACACUCAAAAUGUAAUGAAAAAUGUCACUUCAGCAGAGCAACACCAUCCCAGUUACCCAGAAUGGGAUGAGUAACACCCAGUUAAAACUCCUCUGGACAGCCUGUAAUGUUUUCUGGCAGUUUAAAGCUAAUUGGGUCAGUGAUUAUAAGUAAAGAAGCAGAACUGAUUGGAAAUACAAAGACCUAAUGAUAACUCCCUGUGCUUAAAUAAUGAGUUCUCAUUUGUUUAAAUUUGGAUACAGUCUUCCUUUAAGCUUACCAUCAGGAUGUUUACAAGUUCCACUGCUUAUCUGCAUGACAAAAUACAACCUCAACAUUUGCACAUGUGUUCUGUCAUACAGUAUUGUGCUGUCUGAUUUCCAGUUUGUGAGCAAUUUCUUUCAUGAGCAAGCGCUCGUGGCUGCUGUCAGUACAGGAUAGUGGGACUAAUGAGGAGAGAGCUGAUUCUGCUGCUGCUGCUGCAGCUAGGCAGCCACAGCUCACUAUGACGCUCUUCAGCCUGCAUGCGUUUGACAAAUUAUAUGCAAAUAAUUCUCAGAGAAGGCGGAGAACUCAUUGCAAGUCAAAGCAGUUGUAAAUGCAAAUUUCUUUAAAACAGUUUUUUUUUUGUUUGUUUGAUUGUUUCCAACAAUACUGACAAAACAUAUUAGGACAUGCACUUAGUACUUCCAAGACUAUUACAGCCCUAAAUUUAAAUAAACAAGAAAGAGCAUUACAUUGA